AUGGGGCUCCUGCCGCCCUGCCCGCUCCGCCUCACGCCCCACGGUUCCCACAGCCCUCCCCGCUCCGCCUCACGGGGCUCCCACCGCCCUGCCCGCUCCGCCUCACGCCCCACAGCUUCCACAGCCCUGCCCGCCUCACGGGGCUCCCGCAGCCCUGCCCGCUCCGCCUCACGCCCCACGGUUCCCACAGCCCUCCCCGCUCCGCCUCAUGGGGCUCCCGCAGCCCUGCCCGCUCCGCCUCACGCCCCACGGUUCCCACAGCCCUCCCCGCUCCGCCUCACGGGGCUCCCACCGCCCUGCCCGCUCCGCCUCACGCCCCACAGCUUCCACAGCCCUGCCCGCCUCACGGGGCUCCCGCAGCCCUGCCCGCUCCGCCUCACGCCCCACGGUUCCCACAGCCCUCCCCGCUCCGCCUCAUGGGGCUCCCGCAGCCCUGCCCGCUCCGCCUCACGCCCCACGGUUCCCACAGCCCUCCCCGCUCCGCCUCACGGGGCUCCCGCCGUCCUGCCCGCCUCACGCCCCGCGGCUCUCGUCCCCUUGCCCGCUCCGCCUCACGCCCCGCGGCUCUCGUCCCCCUGCCCGCCCGCUCUCCAUCUCGCCCCGCGGCUCCCCGCGGUCCCACAGCCCUGCCCGGGCAGGUAG